AUGUUUGCCUACAAUGUAUUUAUGGUCGUAUCCAACGCCUACUUCUUCGCCCUAUCGAUCCGAUGGCUAGACUACGGCCGGCGGGCCUUUGAGUUUGAGUUCCCGUCGCGUACGGACACGAGUGCGGCCACACUCGAGCAGAUCGACGAAACGGUACUCUACGGGUACACCAAAUUCAUCGAUCUCAUCGAUACCGUAUUUUUUGUGUUACGCAAAAAACAUUCGCACCUAACCUUUCUGCACCUCUACCACCACUUCAUGGUGCCUGUGCUCGGAUGGUCGGCCAUCAAACUGGGGCCCACGUGUCAGCCAAUCGCCGUGUUUGCCAUAUUGAAUACACUGGUCCACGUGAUAAUGUACUCGUAUUACGCUCUGUCGGCGUUCGGGCCGUCUGUCCAGCGGUUCCUGUGGUGGAAACGGUAUAUAACGCUUCUGCAGAUCAGCCAGUUUUGCGUGUUUGUAACGUACGGUGCGUUCAGCGCCGCACUCACCAGCGGUUGGCCCAAAGGUCUCUAUUGGAUCGGUUGGGUUCAAAAUCCCCUCUUUUUGCUGCUAUUCCUCAACUUUUACCGCCAGUCGUACCGCAAGUCCGCCGACAAGACUAAGAAAGUUUUGUAA